CUCUCGCUUUCCCUUCGGUUCUUCCCCUCCCACCCAAACCCAAUCCCUAAUUCUCCGGCCGACCGGCGAUGUCUACUUCUCCGGUGAUGUGAGACUUGCCCGUGACUACCUCUGUCUCACCUGCUGGAGGCCGAAUCUGUUCCCCGCCCCCACCACCUCUUCAACGAGGCGACUAGGAGGAGCUCAGACUUGCAUGAUGAAGGCUGCACAAUCUCGCCCUUGGUCAGAUCUUCCGCCAGAACUCCUGGGACUUGUUCUCAAGCGCCUCCCUUCCCUAGCUGACCGUGUUCGUCUGAGAGCUGUCUGCCACCCAUGGCGCUCUAAUAGCAGGUUGCAGACCCUUCCUCUCCCAUUCCUGUGGCUCACUCUCCCUGAUGGCACCCUCCUCGGCAUUCCAAGCGGUGAAAUUCACCACAUAUCUUUACCGGAAGGUGCGUGUUGCCAGGGCUCCAUUGACAACUGGCUAUUCCUCAUGCACAAUGAUGGUGUGUGCUACUUGAUGAGCCCUUUCUCCAAGACCAGGUUGCAGCUUCCUAAGCUAGCAAAGGUAUGGAAGCGUGAGAUAUAUGAUCCCGAACCCCGAAUUAACCCAAUUUUCUACAACUUGGUGCUCCCCUUUCCACUUGACUCGUCACCGUGUUCCCUACUUGCUGCACUGAUCAUGGAUGAUGGUAACUGGGGUACACUUUGUAUUAGUCAAUCACCGAUUGUCACUGACUCAUUCAGAGAUGAUAAGCAUCCAGCAAAGCUCCUCUGUAGUGUUGCGUUCUUUGAUGGCAAGCUGUACGGGCUGGGGGGGUUUGACCAACUAUUCAUCUUUGAAUUAGACAAGGACCUUGGUAUUUCAUCCAUGGAGUGUAUAAUUGACUCUAUGGGUGAGUUAGGUGGAAUACCUCAAUCGUUGUCGGAAGAGAAGGCGUAUAUGAUAAGGGGGUAUCUAGUUGAAUGUGGCGAUAGACUGUUGAUGGUGAAACGGUGGAUUCAUCCUAUUGCCCGUUCAACAAGUGAUGACUUUUUCGAGCAUAACCGUACUGUUGCACUUGGGGUUUUUGAGGCAGAUUUGGGCACCGAUCCUGCUGGAUGGAGAACAGUAAAUGAUUUGGAUGGCCAUGCACUCUUUCUUGGCCAGCAUAGCUCCAAGUCCCUGCGCGCUGGAGAAUGCAGUGGAUACCAAGAGGACUGCAUCUACUUCAUGUGUGACUAUUCCUGGCCAAAGCAUUCUGCAAAUCCUCUUCGUGAUGCCGGUGUUUACAACAUCAGGAAUCAGACAUUCAUGCCACUGAUGUCGGGGACUGCAGCGGUACCGCCACGUCAUGCUGGCCAGUGGCGUCCGACAUGGUUUUUCCCUCCUGAAGCUGUAUGACCAAACCUUGCAAUCU